ACCAAAUUUAGCUCACAAAAAGCAGACACUUGUUGUUUUUAACCUGACCAGUCAGAGAUAGUAUUGUGCGUUAUACUGUGAGAGCGUGAGCUCCAGAGAGACACAUUUGCCUUAUAGGCACUGGAGAUAUGAACACCAUCGACGCGCAGAUCCAUAACAAUAGUAACGCUGCUGUCAACCCUCUCCAGCACCUGCCAAAAAGCGCGCACGAGACCCCGGAUAUGGCUGUGUACUGUGACAACUUCAGUGUUUACCACCAACAGAGUCUACCUGCGACGCAGCGACCAACUGGCUACGGCCUGGGGGACUACGCGACCCCAAACCCAUACCUGUGGCUCAAUGGACCUAGUGUCAACUCCUCUUCGUCUUACAUACAUGGCAACAACAGCCCCUCAUUCAUUCCCCCGGCUUACGGCUCUCAGAGGCAAUAUCUCACUAACUCCUCUGGGUUCGCCGGUCCGGACCUAGGCUGGCUCUCUAUUGCGAGCCAAGAGGAACUUUUAAAGCUCGUGCGCCCGCCCUACUCGUACUCGGCUCUGAUAGCCAUGGCAAUACAGAACGCGCACGAGAAGAAGUUAACUUUGAGCCAGAUAUAUCAAUAUGUGGCGGAAAAUUUCCCGUUUUAUAAGAAGAGUAAAGCGGGAUGGCAGAACUCCAUCAGGCACAAUCUUUCCCUGAAUGACUGCUUCAAAAAAGUGCCGCGUGACGAAGACGACCCAGGGAAAGGAAACUACUGGACUCUUGACCCCAAUUGUGAAAAGAUGUUUGACAACGGGAACUUUCGUCGAAAAAGAAAGCGCAGAUCUGAUUCCAGCACAGGUGCUGCCAGCAACACAAAACCGGAGGAUGACCGACAGCUCGCAGGGAUCAAACCCACCGUCAGCCCUCACCUCACCGGACCCGCAUCUCCCGACACUGAUGCGGCCAGUGACAGUCACAAAGCCGCGUCUCCUGGAGGCCUCGCGAGCGCUCCAUGCUUCAACAAUUUCUUCAACAGCAUGUCUUCCUUAAGUUCGUCUUCGGCUCCGACAAGCAGACAGGGCUCUCUGGGUCUGGUAAACGAACUUUCCAGCCGAAAUAUCAGCGCUUUGAGCCAUUACCAUGGCAGCGCAGCACCUGAGGCAGGUGGAGCGGGUGAACUCCAGGACAGUGUGCACGUGAACCGUGGAAUGUACUAUAACUCUUUUACUACUGGCGGCCAGAGCGCGCAGUUCAACGGACACUUCUACAACAGCUUCAGCGUGAACAGUCUUAUUUACCCUCGAGACGGAACGGAGUUAUAAAUCUAUCACGCUCG